GAAUGACGAGAAGCUGGACCUCAAGUGGACCUUAGAAGGUCAUCAGCUGGGUGUUGUUUCUGUGGACAUUAGUCACACAGGCACAGUUGCUGCGUCCAGCUCAUUAGAUGCUCACAUCCGCAUUUGGGACUUGGACACUGGCAAACAGAUCAAGUCAAUAGAUGCUGGGCCAGUUGAUGCUUGGUCGCUGGCUUUUUCUCCCGAUUCCCAGUAUGUGGCAACCGGAAGCCACAUCGGAAAAGUCAACAUAUUUGGCGUUGAGACUGGAAAAAAGGAAUAUUCCUUGGACACUCGAGGGAAAUUCAUCCUAAGUAUCGCCUAUAGUCCAGAUGGAAAAUAUCUAGCCAGCGGAGCUAUCGAUGGGAUUAUCAAUAUUUUUGAUAUUGCAACCGGGAAACUUCUCCACACGUUGGAAGGUCACGCCAUGCCUAUCCGUUCCUUGACGUUUUCUCCAGACUCUCAGUUGCUUGUGACGGCGUCAGAUGAUGGCUACAUCAAGAUAUAUGAUGUACAGCAUGCCAACUUGGCAGGCACUCUGAGUGGCCACGGAUCUUGGGUAUUAAAUGUAGCCUUUUGCCCUGAUGAUACCCAUUUUGUUUCCAG